UGUAAACAGAGGAAACCAAAAAUACUCAUAACCUUUCGUUUUUCAGAGAUCCCAAAAAAAAAAAAGGAGUGAGUACGAACUCUACAAAAAACGAUGCCGUAUUACACCAACGACGACAAUGACGUCGACGAUUUCGCAGAUUACGAUCCGACGCCGUAUAGUGGAGGCUACGACAUCACCGUAACGUACGGCCGUUCGAUUCCGCCGUCCGACGAGACUUGUUACCCUCUCUCGUCUAGGGCCGGCGACGCGUUCGAGUAUCAGCGACCUAAAUUUUCUCUAAACCACGAUCCUCCUGCUUAUGAAGACCAAGCUCUUAAGACCGAGUACAGUAGCUACUCCCGACCCGGACCCGGUGGAUCUGAUUUUGGCCGGAAACCUAAUUCUGGAUACGGCGGAAGAACGGAGGUUGAGUAUGGUCGCAAACCUGAUUCCGGAUAUGGAGGGAGAGCGGAGGUUGAGUAUGGCCGGAAAACUGAAUCGGAGCAUGGAUCUUGCUAUGGAGGUCACAAGGAUGGUGAUGAAGAAGGUCACAAAAAACAUAGUGGGAAGGAGAAGGAGAAGAAGAAAGAUGGUAAUAUCUCUGAAGAUGAUGAGUUCAAGAAGAAGAAGAAGAAGGAGCAUUACAAGGAGGACCAUCAUGGUGGUGAUUAUGAUGAGAAGAAGAAGAAGAAGAAGGAAUAUGGUGAUGAUGAGGAUGAUGAGAAGAAGAAGAAGAAGAACUAUCAUGAUGAUGAUGAGGAUGAUGAGAAGAAGAAGACGAAGAACUAUCAUGAUGAUGAUGAUGAUGAUGAGAAGAAGAAGAAGAAGAACUAUCAUGAUGAUGAUGAUGAUGAGAAGAAGAAGAAGAAGGAUCAUUCUUAUGAUGAUGAUGAUGAUAAGAAGAAGAAGAAGCACUAUGAUUAUGAUGAUGACAAAAAGAAGAAGAAGGACCAUAAGGACUAUGAUGAUGACAAGAAGAAGAAGAAGAAGGAUAAGCACCACGGCCAUCGUGAUGACGAUGACUAAAAAGGCAUUCUUGAAUUUGGAUUGCAUUCUUAUGACUACUAAAUAAGUAACCUAAGCACACUUCUCUCUACGUUUAUGUUAAUUCUUGUUUUGUUUUUUGCUUCGCAUUUGUGCUAACUUCGAUAAGACCUCAACAAGUCAUAUGAAAUAUGUGUAGUGUGUUUUUUUCUAGCGUGAGAGGACUAAGGCUCUUUUUUGGUGUGUAAUACAAAACAGAACCAAAUCGAGAACAGAGAAUUAAACCACAA